AAGUGGAUGCAUACAAGAUUUACACAACUGUCUCAGAAGAAUAACUUAACUCGUAUUACGCACAUCAUGUAAAGUAAAUUCAUUUAGAGCAGACAUCGAUUGACCAGGUUGUUAACUAGGUGUCAAAUCAGUAAUAGUCAUCGUGCGAAAAUGUGCCGUAUAAGACGAUGGAAAACGCCGUUUUUAAAACAGUGUCUUGUGAUCUCCAGUGUAACUUUUAAUAUGAUUUCAUAUGGUUUCGCAUUUGGAUUUAACGCUUCUUUAAUCACAUCAUUAAGGAAGACAAAUGAGAUCCCACUGAAUAGAGACUCGGAGUCGUGGUUGGCAUCAGUCCUCGGAUUAUUCAUAUUCAUUGGAUCUAUUAUCACCUGUAUUAUCAUGAAAUACAUCGGGCGAAGAUUUUCUUUCCUACUCAGCUCUAUUAUAAUAAUAUGCUCAUGGAUUUUAUUUACAUUAUCUUCAUCUUUCCUUGAAUUAUUAAUCGCAAAAAUCCUACAAGGUAUAACGGUUGGAUUGGGCAGCUUAGGAUCCAAUUUGAUCGGGGAAUAUUCCAGUCCAAAAUAUAGAGCCUCUUUCAUAGCAACUAUACCGACUGGUUUGUUAUUCGGUGAAUUGCUGAUUCAUUGCCUUGGAUUGAUUUGCGAGUGGCGUGACGUGGCUUUAGUGAUUGCCUUUCUCUGUUUACCGGGAUUAAUAGCAAGCGUAUUUUCUCCUGAAUCACCAAGCUUCCUGGUAACUAAAGGACGAUACGAUGAAUGCAGGAAGGUGUUUCGUUGGUUGAGAGGAACGGACGAGGACACCGAACUCGAAGCAAUGAUUCAAACUGAUAAAAUUAUUAAAGAAACAACAAAAAAUUAUCACAAACAAAGUUUAAUAAAACUUUUUAAAGCUAAACUACUAUACGUCUUGAUUGUUUUCAGAAAACGUGAAUUUCGUAUUCCAAUGAUCAUAAUGAUGCACUUGAAUCUUAUAAACCAAUUCUGCGGUACUUUCGUUAACGAUAUGUACACCGUUGACAUACACACGGCCAUGUACGGUACCGAUGCUUACAUGUUUCAAACGGCUGCAUCUUUGGAUGUCCAAAGACUUGUGUCGACUAUGCUAAUGAUAUACGUGUCUUCUAAAGUACGAAGACGUCCACUCUUAUUAGCCUUGGUGGGAUUAAAUGUAUUGGCGUAUCUAUUGAUAGCCGGUUACAUAUACGGUAGACGAAACAAAAUUCUCCCUUUCGACCAUAUGGCUAUAGGCAUUAUAUUGCAUCAUUUUCAUUUCUUCAGCAUCGGAACUGGCUCCUUUCCAUUGGUAUUCAUAAUUAGUGGUGAAAUAUACCCUCUAACUGAUAAAGGGUAUUGUGUGUUGUUUUGCAGUAUCCUUUAUUCGAUAUACAUGUUUACGAAUAUCAAAACCGCACCAUAUCUAUUCUCUCUAAUAGGUAUAGAGGGUGCAUUUUGUGUUUAUGCUAUAUUACUGUUUUAUUGUCUUGCUGUGACAUUAUAUCUAUUACCGGAGACCAAAGAUAAGACCCUUCAAGAGAUCGAGAAUGAAUUUAGAGGUUAUGCUAUAAAUCACGAAACUGUCAAAUUGAAUGCUUAGCUGUAGAGGAUAUACCGGUGUACUUUUCAAGUUAUUAUCAAUAGCUUUCGGACUACUGAAUUAUAUUAGAUAGACUGAUAGCAUGACAUUACCAAUAGAUAUUAAAAUAUGAACGCUUUGAUAAAAGAAGAGAGUGUUGAUAAUAAAUAAUUAAAGACGCUACAUCACCAAGAUAGAGACAGAACGUGCGAAAAAGAAGAGAGAGGGAGAGAGAUAAGAAUAAUAAUUUUAGUCUGAAUUAAAAAUAUAAUCAACUAGAACUCUUGAAAAAUGCACCGAAAAUAAACAAAAAUACCUUACUGCUUGAGCGGAGAUAAUCUACGUUUGAGGUUACAGAUGGCUUAUUGGAGAUUCUUGAAGGUCAGUAUUCAGGUCGAUGAUGGUGAAAUGUCAUCUUAAAUGAAAGGUAGCUUAAUACAAGCGACGAAAAGGGAUCGACUGCAACGAUCGCGAGCUGUCGAAAAUUCUACCUGUUAUGACUGACUUGUCAUGUUCUUUUUAAAGAAUGAAUUUCAGAUUUGAUUGAUGCAUCCACACUCAAAGCGCUGAUGAUCUGUCUUAGCUCAAUCGCGAUAGCACUGCCAGAAUUACUUGAACUUGAACACUUAACUUGUUGUUCUGGUUAGGGUAAAUGGUAAAAGACCUCGUGGACGAAGCCCCAUGCGCUGGACUGAUCAAGUUAAAAUCCUUACCAAAACCCAACUUAAUGAGAGCGUGCGCCAUAACCUCAGUUCGUGAAUUACGGAGAACGUGAAGACUUUAAUAAACAAUAAUUCCACAUAACUAAGACUGCUCUGCCAAGAGUAACCGACUAUAAUGAUGAUGAAUAACGCCUAACCAGAACUAUCUCAAAACACUGUCAUCUUUUAUACUUUUCGUACUUUCACGGUAGGCAGCGGCUUGGCUCUGCCCCUGGCAUUGCUGAGGUCCAUGGGUGAAGGUGACCACUCACCAUCAGGUGGGCCGUAGGUCGUCUGCCUACAAGGGCACAUUUUUUAUAACCAAAUAGAUACAUGUUACUUUUUCGAAGCUACCCUAAAGCUCUUUAAGGCUUCAUGACGGUUCUGUGAGUCGCUGGUAUUUGUGAUUUAGACUAUCCAACACGAGAGCUGACAAUUGAAUAAAUAAAACGUAAGACGUGCUGUGCACUCGGUGUAAUUGUUGAAGUGAGUCUAUACACGUCAUUCUUAUAUAAACUUAAAAUCGAACACACUUCGUACUGUCAGUUUAUAAUCAAAAGGAAAAACAAAUUAAAAUAUUAGAGAGUU